ACAUUCACAACACACACACCACUGUUAUGUGUCUCACGUACAUCAGAGAAAUAUCAGGCAACCUAUGUAUUCGAUGUAGGCAGAUUGAUUGUUUUUGUAGAGUAUAUUGCAAACACUGUUUUUAAUGUGUAAGACAAAUCUCAUAAGGCCCAUGUUGAAAUUACAACAUCUGCCAAGUCAUCCAGCUAGAUAGCAUGUGAUAGAAUAAGCCUUCCACUGAUUUAUGUGAGUGAGGUUACUGAUGCUGAUAAUGAUAGUGGUAGUUUUGAAUGAUGAAGAGGCUGAUUAUUGUGGUGUUGUAGUUAACAAUACCAUCAAACACUUUUUUAUCAUAAUUUCCAUACAACUAUUCCAUGUUCCAAGUAGCCUAGGACCAACAGUCAUCAAGCUCCUUUUCAAAGUGUAUUUUCAUGUAGCUCGUUCAUGUAUGUGGUGGUCACGUUGAUGUGUGAUGAGAUGGGCUGUUGUUUAUCCAGAUUGCUCCAUCGAUGGAGCCUAAUUGCAGUCCUCGCAAUUUUGGGCGGACAGCCUAACGACAUAAAUAUUUCCUGUCCAAGUUAUCUUUUCCUUCAGACGGCUGCUUUGAACUGAUGAUGAAGGUCUCCACAUAGUAACUGACUCAAUCUUUUUUUGACAUAAAGUACGAGCCAAGGGGUGGCCAAAAAUAGUCUGUUUACCGCAGGACGUGGACUUGUGGUAACUAGCUGAUUGUAUGUGGACCAUUUCCCUCGGCUAUAGAUUGGUGUCCGGCUAUCCGAUGCUGCUGCCCAUCCUCACUCCGGGACGAUAGGCUAAUUAACUGAUGACUACCGAGCGCUCUGAUGUCCGACCUCCCCAUGAUGUCGAACUGGGGAUUUGCGUGCUAUGGCUGAAGAUGUCUCUGGACUCUGAUAAGGUGUGUGGGCUGCUGUCCCGGGACUCCAGGACCUCCUGUGUCUUCCAGGCUGCAGACGAGAAGGAUGACAUACCAGGGGUGGGGGAGGACAGUGUUUUGGAGAUGCUGAGCUAUUCUAAGUUCUCUGACCUGGAGACAUGGCUGUGCAUGCCCUCCACGCUGCUCCCCAGGGCCCUAGAGUCCACCCGCUCUACCUCCUCCUCAGGCUCCACCUCUACAGCACACCUCUCCACCUGCAGCGAGACUGGCGAGACAGACACACCACACAGACCUCUAGAUAGGGAGGCCAUGUUCCUGACCCCUGCACUGGGGCGGGAAAUCCCAUUCCUGGCCACACCCUUAGCCCCCAUCCUGUCCUCUACGCCGUGCAACAUAACCCCCCAGGGCGGGGUCAGUGUCAGGAAGCGCAGGCGAUUGGCAGCCAGCCCCGGGGGACUACACUGGACCUCUACAGGCUCAGUGCAGCGGGACUUCGACAGAACAGAGCCAUCUCCCAUAUCAUCAGCCCAGGCCCCAACCCCAGCACCGGCCCCGGGUGUGAGAAGCCUCCCCCUGGAUGAGACAGCAACAGCAGCGGGUGAGGGAGAGACAGCGGGUGAGCGGGCGGCUCUGAGGAAGACUGUAUCCGUUGACGACCGUCUGAUGCAGUCGGCGCCCAGAGAGCAGCAGCAGCACAGACUCCUCAGCAGGCUGGAGAGAGGCAAGAAGAAACUCAGGAACAUACAUAGUCUUGGAUCCACAGGCAGAUACGAGACCAGGAAGAACUCGGAGAGUAAGAUAUCUCACCUGGCUCAGAGGUUGAACCAGAGACCAGGGGAUGCUCUGAUAAAGGACUUCAGACAGUUGCUCUACACGGGCUCACCACGCACGUCUCACAGCCUGGACAGGAACUUCUAUUCUAUCAGCAUGACUCAACAGAUGCAGAACCUGCAGCUGUCCCAAACCAGGAAGUGCUCGGGAGGCCCUGCCUCUCCCAGCGCUGCCAAGCGCCUGUACAGGAACCUAUCAGAGAAGCUCAAAGGUGGCCACUCCUCCUUUGAGGAUGCCUACUUCUUCGGCCGUGGAGACCGCCACGGUCAUCGCAAGGACUCGAGCAUGCAAGGUAGUGAGUGUCUGUUUGAGGCGGUGGAGCAGCAGGAUCUAGAUGCUGUCCAGAUCCUUCUCUACCAGUACACAGCUGAGGAGCUGGACCUCAGCACACCCAACAGCCAAGGGUUAACACCGCUAGACAUCGCCAUCAUGACCAACAACACCCCCAUAGCCAAACUACUGCUGAAGGCCGGCGCCAAGGAGAGCCCUCACUUUGUCAGUGUGGAGAGUCGCGAGGCCCACCUCGGCAGCCUGGUCAUCGAAGCAGAGAGAAAGGCAGGGGAGCUGGCUGCCCAGGCCCAGAGAGAGGGUCUCAGCCUGGAGGCCUGUGACAAAGACAAGCAGCUCCGAGCCUGGGAGUGGAGGAGCAAGCUCUACAAACGCAUGAGGACUGGCUUCCAGCAUGCACGUGUGCCGGAGCCCCCGUCUGCAGUGGGUCUGUGUGUAACCAGUAGCUCCUCUCUCACAGUUACCUUCCAGGAACCCCACUGUCUCAAUUCUGCUGUGGUCACCAAGUACAGAGUGGAGUGGAGCUGUCUAAAGGAUUUCUCAUUGCUGGCCGGAGACAUGGUGUUGGAAAACCUACAGACACUCAAGUGUACCAUCAACGGCCUUACCAUGGGGAGGCUGUACUAUGUUCAGGUGUCAGCCUACAACAUGAGAGGUUGGGGUCCACCUCAACAAUCUCUACCCCCCUCUGCUGCACCUUCCAACUGGAGGGAGAGUGAUGGUCGUGAGCCCAGGAGAAGAGGGCACAUAGAGGCUAUGGAGCGCUUGCUGCAACAGGUCCGCGCUACACACACACACUACAGCUGCGGAGACACAUCAAAGCUCCAGAACCCAAGCCGUAAGCAGUCCGUCUCCAGAAGUCUAAAGCACCUGUUUAACUCUUCAAACAAGUUCGUGAAGACACUCAAAAGGGGGGUUUACCUGGCGGCAGUGUUUUACCACAAAGACAGUGUUCUGGUGACCACAGAGGACCAGAUCCCUAUAGUGGAGGUGGAUGACUCCUACGGCAGCUCUCUCAUGCAGGACUUCCUCUGGUUCACUAAGUUGUCAUGUAUGUGGGAGGAUGUGCGGUGGCUGAGACAGAGUAUGUCUGUCUCCAUGUCCUCCUCCUCCACUCUACAGGCCAGACAGAAGAUGCUGUCUGCCGCCGGGCAACUACAGAAUCUGUUAGGCACACAUAACCUGGGGCGUGUCCACUACGAGCCCAUCAAGGAUCGUCAUGGUAAUGUAUUGCUAUUGACGAUCAGGGACAUGGAGAGCCAGUACUCCUUCUUCAAUGGGAAGUGGAUGCAGGUGUCCAAGCUACAGAGCCAGAGGAAGAGUCUGUCCACACCUGAGGAACCCUACGCACUGGACAUACUGCUAAUAACCAUACAGGACAUCUUGGCCUACCAGAGGCGUAGCCAGCAUCGCCUGGUCCCAGGUCUGUACCUGGGCUACCUGAAGCUCAGCAGCUCUGUAGACCAGAUCAGGGUGCUGGUGCCACAGAGGAUGCCCAACAUGCUGUGCCACGCGCGGGUACGAGACAACGCCAAUGUCUCCAGGGAGGAGUGGGACUGGCUGCAGAGACUGUCAACCCUAGAGGAUGGAGAGGAGAGAACGGCGGGAGAGAGAGAGGGAGCAGAUCAAACGACAGACAGUAACACACCGCUCCUCUACUACGAGCUACAGACUUCCCUCAAGGCCCUGCUCAAACUCAUCAACCUACCUCUGCACCAGGCCAAGCACUUCCGUAUCUACACUCACGAGGUGUUGGAGCUGGGUCAUAAUGUUUCCUUUCUGCUGCUGCUGCCGGCAGCUGACGAUGUGUGUACCGCUCCCGGACAGAGCAACCCCUACACUCCCCACUCCGGCUUUCUCAACCUCCCUCUACAAAUGUUUGAGCUGGUCCAUUUCAGUGCGUACAAGGAGAAGUGCAUCAGUCUGUACUGCCGCAUGUCAUCUGUCUUGGACCUGGAUGCACUUAUUACCCAGCAGGCACUGCGAGAGGCCAUAAUGGACACAGAGGUUGCCACUGCCAAACAGAGACACCAACAUAUACUGGACUAUAUACAGCAACUGGAUGAGAUGUGGCGGGAGCUGCGUUGGAUCACUGAUGCCCUGCAGUGUGCCCGCUACAAGCAGCCCCGUGGCGGUGUGCCCAUCACCAGCCUGGUCAAUGCCAGCGAGCCUGAGUCAGACCAGGGGGCACAGAAGAGUGACUCAGCAUCCUCUACCAUGGACUAUCUACCCACACCAUCACCAUCACCUGAGCUACGGCGCAGGAAGGAUGUUAGUGACUCCCAGCUGGGGUCAGAUGAGGACGGUUGUUCAGAGGUGUUCCUGCCGACAGACAGUGACUACGACUCCAGCGAAGCCUUGUCCCCACGCGAGCUGGACCUGCUCUACUCCCCCCCACAGGACCUAUCCCAGCAGGCCGUGCACGCCCUGGGAGGCAGCGCUCCCGACGUACUACAGAUACACGAGCUCAGGUACAGCAUCUGCCAGCCCAAAGACCUCGCUCUCUCCCCCGCCUUCCCCCUCUCCCCAGGCCCAAUCCUUUCCCCCGCCCCACCCCUCUCACCUGCCCCCAUCUUCCCUGAGACCACUCUAUCCUGCUCCAAAACCCUGGAGGGUCUCUCCCUCUCCAAGACAACCCAGGACAAGCACUCCUUCACCCCGUUGCGGCCGCUUGCCAACCCCCCAACCAAGCGGAAGCUGCUGUCCCGGAGCCACGGGGCCACUGGGGCCCAGGUGGGUUACUUCAGCGGGCCCCAGCGGUGGCUCAGGGGCCACAGCGACAGCCACACAGGGUCCCUGUCCGAGGGGGUCUAUACCAGGCAGAGGGACCCAGACCUGCCCACCCUGCCCCUGAAUCUCCCAUCACCUCAGGAGGAGAUAUAUGCUAGUCAUGCUUCCUGUGUCCUGGAGGGCCGGAGGGGGGGACAGAGGGAGCCCAGGCCCCAUAUCAGGACUAUCUUUGUGGAACCGUGUAAGGAAACGUCGCCUGAGAACAGGGGCUGUGGAGAGGAGGAGAGAGGGAUGGAGGGAAAGGGAGGGAUGGAAAGAGGGGCAGGGGUGACAAUGGUUUUGGCAGAGGAGGGGUCAGGAGAGGAGGGGUAUGAAGGAGCGAGAGCCCAGGAUCUGGACUCAGACGACCAAACAAAUGCACAGGUGUCAGAGAUCCUCAGCAGCAAGCUCUAGGAUUAGACAAUGGUUCGGCAAGGAACUCCAGGAUUGGACAAUGCUCAGUAAUAUGCUCUAGGAUUGGCCAUGUUCAGCAUUUGACAGUGGUUCAGUAAUAACCUCCAGGAUUGGACAAUAGCUCAGCAACAUGAUCUAGGAGUGGACGGGACUGAGUAACAAGCUUUUGAACGAUUGGACAUCGGCUAAUUGAUGACAGUUGGACGGAGCGAUGUUGUUUUGGUGCGUUGCAUACACUACAUAUCCCUCAUCCCUGUGUCCAAACUGAUAAUGAUGCCCCUUUUCCUGUCUGUUUGUCUCUGUGUGUGGUGUUGUGUGGGUCUAUAUCUUUCUUUUAUCCCUUUCUCUUUCUAUCGAUCCUUCAAAUGACUGUGGACAGGCAUGCUGAACUGACUCUGAGCUAGUGCAUGUUUCUCUCUGAGCUCAUGCACGUGUGUAGCUCACAGACUAGACAACCCUUGCUCUCUCUGUAGAAUGUACUAGAGACUCAGGUUGCUGGCCAACUGUCUGAACUGUUAACUCAGAACCAAGCCAAGGCUCCAACUGUUAUGACCUAUAAUUAAUGCAACAUGACGUCGCUGUCGGAUCUAAACGUCAACUCAAAAAAAAAAAUUAUAAUGUAUUUUCCAAAUAACGAACAUACAAUUAUGAAACUUCAGAAGUAUUUUGAAUACAUUUUCUUUGUCCUAGAGUCAUGAAAGGCAGUUACUGCUUUCAGCACAUAUAAAACAUGAAAAUUGGCAAAAAUUGUGUUACAAGCUUUUCAUCCGACAGCGACGAUGAAUUUAAGCACUGCUUUACCUAUACCUCUGCACUUGAAAGUGUGUUGAUGACUGACAAUGGCUCGAAGUUGCUAUUUCAAUUGAUGAGUAUUCAUUAUACAUUGACACCUUACAUAAACUCAGCAACAAAGAAACGUCCUCUCACUGUCAACUGCGUUUAUUUUCAGCAAA